AUGUCAUCAAAUCCAAUUCUAGCUAGUAUCAAAAGGAUUCCACCAGUUACAAGAUUCUUUACUAUUGGAUCAGUAUUAGCAUGUAUUGGAAUAUCAACAUUUAAUGGUUUUGAUAAAUUAUUUAUUAAUUAUCCAAUUUUAAGUUAUUUAAUUUUGGUAACAAAGUAUUCAUUUCAAAAUGAUAAAACUUAUCUUGCUAAAUCAAUGACUUUAUUUACUGGUUUAAUUCAAUUUUAUAAAUUCUUUUCAUCAUUUAUAAUUCCUCUGGGAAUUCUACUGAAAGAUAUAAGUACUUUAUUAAAUAUUUAUUUCUUUUAUACUUUUUCAAAUCAUUUAGAAAUUGGUAAAUUUGGUGGUAUUUUUCCUGAUUAUGUUUGGUUUAUCUUAUUAAAUGGUAUUAUGAUUCAAAUAGUCCGGUUAGGAUUAGAAUGUUUAUCUCCAACUAUUGCUCUGAUGAUUACUUAUCCUCAUGAAAUGUUAUUAGCAUGUCUUACUUAUAUUUGGUCAAGACAAAAUAAAAAUGCUACAAUUAAUUUAAUGGGUCUUAUUCCAAUAAAAGCUUAUUAUUUACCUUUAGGUAAUAUUAUAGUUAAUGGUAUUGUAGGAGGUCCAAUUGCUGUAACUGGUUCAUUAAUUGGAAUUAUGUCAGGAUAUUUAUAUCUUUGUUUACAAUCUCAAACAACUCCAAUUUAUAAUUUAUUUCCAGGAGCUUAUGGAACUCCCAUGAAUAGAACAGCUAGUGGUAGAAGAGUAGGUGCUACAUCUAUUGAUCGUCCAGGUACUAGAACUCCUAUUGAAGCUGAAUUUAUUGGGGAUUCAAUUUAUGAUUCUGGGUAUUUAAGAGCUCCUACUUGGUUAUAUAAUUUUUUGAAUUAUCCACGCGUAAGACCAAAUAAUGGAACAGUUCCAUUAGUAAAUAGAACUGGAAAUAUGUCAAGAAUGCAACAACAACAAGCAACUGCAGAUAGUGUUAGUUCUGGUAACUCAUGGUUUAGUGGGAAUAAAGCAGAUGGAGAAAGUCCUGUCUUUAGAGGAAAAGGUCAAAGAUUAGGAGGUUGA